AUGUCACUGCUGCUAUGCUGGGAAAGGAAACUUGCGCUAAUAGGAACUGAACAGAAAGUUGAUGCAUUGAGGAGUGUAGCAGACAUGGUAGGCAAGGACACUGAUAUUGCCAAUGAGGAACUCAUAUGUCACCUUUCACGAAAGCUUCAAUUUCGAUUAAGGACAAUUGGUUUUGCAGUUUUGGGACUACCAGAUGGAGAUCAGUGCCAAAUGUUUGAUGGUGAAAGGUUGAAUUCUUGCUAUUUGUUUUGUUGGCAGUUGGUGCUGUGGCACGACGUGGUCCUAAGAGUGCCUUAG